AUGUCCUUGGUUCGCAUUGCGCAUGGCUGCCUUGAAUAUCAGGUUUAUUCAAUUAGUCUGCUAUUCAGUAGGAUAUUCGCUGUCAUGCUACUAUCUCCGGCAGCAGACUCGAAAAUUAAGACAAGAACGUACGUGUUGCCGAACACUUUUGACGCCAACAUGGCUGGCGCCAUCCGUAUAGCAUCCGAGACUGCCAUCACCACCGAUGCACGGUCAAACAGCUCGGUGACACUCGCACCAUCGUCGGUAGACUACGAUAGUGGCGGCAGUAUUGAUGACUUUGACUGGAGAUCUAGCACGUCCCGAAAACGAUUCAAAGUACCGUGGGCGCGACGACGACGGUCCGAGAAGGAUGAUGAUGCUACCAGGCAGCUGGGCCCGAAAGGCCUGUCUCUCCUUCACAGACCUCCGGAGCCCCUGAUUGAUAUAAUUUUUGUCCAUGGACUUCGAGGUGGCUCUGUGAAGACAUGGCAGAAGGGCGGCGACCCGCAUCGAUUUUGGCCGCAGCUAUGGCUCUCCGUCGAGCCUGGAUUUGAGCACGCCAACAUUCAUUCAUUCGGGUAUGAUGCCGAUAUAAAGACGGGAAGUUGCUUCAAUAUACAUGACUUUGGCCGGGAGCUAUUGGAAGAGAUGCGAAUAUCCCCGCACCUAACAGAUAAUGAAGAGCGCCCGAUCAUUAUGUUGGGUCAUUCCAUGGGAGGGCUAGUGAUAAAAAAGACUUUUAUUCUUGCACAAGAUAUCCCAUCAUGGAAGUGCAGAAUCAAGUCAAUGUUUUUCCUUGCCACACCGCAUCGAGGCUCAAACUACGCCGCAUUAUUGAAAAAUAUUCUUACUGUGUCCGGGACUGCGUCAACUCGCCAAUAUAUCGGCGAUCUGACUACAAGCUCUCAGACGUUGAAGCUUAUUAACGAAGACUUUGGUAAACGUGCACACGACAUCGCCAUAUACUCGUUUUUCGAAACACUGAAGACUAAAAUUGGACCGAGUUCAAUACUAGUUGUUGAUAAAGAGUCUGCAGUUUUGGGCAGCGGUUUUCGAAACGAGCGCGUAAAAUCUACCGCGGCAAACCAUUGCGACAUCAGCAAGUUCAGAAAUCCAGAAGAGCCAAACUACACCCUGAUUAGAAAUGCGCUCGCCACGGCAGUAAAAGACUUGCUCAAAGAUGUUCUUGUCUUGAAAGCCGACGAAGCGCAAUCACAGAUGAAGACUCUGAAACCGUACCUGGGAAUAAGUGACGUUCCAGACGAACACCACGACACAGUGGAAGGCUCUUGCGAGUGGAUCGAAAGCCGAGAUGACUUUCAAGACUGGCAGCAUGUCGAUAGCCCCAGCCAAAAGUUUGCGAAUGAGGAAAUCGGACCCGGUCCAAAAGAUAUUUCAAUAUUUUGGGUGCAUGCAAGCCCAGGAAGUGGCAAGACCUACCUCGCGUCCUAUGUUCAAUCGCAGCUCGAAAGCACCAGACUCCAAUGCGCCUAUUAUUAUUUUCAUGUCGGAAAAAAGACGUCACGGUCGCUUGCUCCCUUCUUACGGUCUAUAGCGUACCAAAUGGCAACGACUAGUACACUUGUUCGCGAUAAGCUGUACAAAUUGUACCAGGACGGGUCAAUCUUUGACAUGGAUGACGCCUGGACAAUAUGGACCAAGGUCUUUAAGAAGGGUAUUUUGCAAAUCGAAUCAGAUGUUCCUCAUUAUUGGAUCAUCGAUGCCAUAGACGAAUGCCCGCGAUACGCGGAGUUCUUCACCAUGCUGAAAGGCGAAAAGUCACAUUUCCCUCUGCGCAUAUUCAUCACGAGCCGACCUAUUCGUGACAUGCAUCGCCUUCAAAAACCCCUUCAACCGACUGCAACAAUCUACUCCAUCGAUAUCAAUAAGAAAGACAGUCUCGACGACAUUCGUUGUUAUGUGAAGACUCGCGUUGAAGGCAUGGCGCUGGCAGACUCGUCGAGUGUCGAAGAACUCACUAGUACUAUCCUGCGCAAAUCCAAUGCUUGCUUUUUAUGGGUGAGGCUCGUGAUAGAUGAAUUAGAAGGAGUAUUUACCACGGUGAGCAGAAUGGAUAUUUUGAACACAAUCCCGGAAGGAAUGAAGCCAUACUAUGAGAGAGCCAUUGAGCCGAUCGGGGCGAACACACGAGAAAAACAUAUUUCAAAGGCAAUCUUCACCUGGGUUGUGGCUGUUGCUCGGGCACUGGAUUUGUCAGAGUUGACAGAAGCGCUGCAUCAUGACAUAUCAGCUGAUGUUCCUCAAUCGGCCGGUGCAAUUGAAGGGCUCUGUGGUCAGCUGGUCCUGGUUGGGCCUUCCAACACAGUGGGCUUGAUCCAUCCCACCGCCCGAGAAUUUCUUCUCUCUUCAGAAGGAGAGUUCAGCGUGUCAUUACCCAAGGCUCACCAGCGCAUUGCCCUUGUCUGCUUGAAGCUCUUGUCGGAGAAUGAGCUCAGGCCCCCACGAACGACACGGUCGCUACACCAGGACCGUCCAACGCUAUCGCGGCUUACAAAGUAUGCGAUUGAGAACUUUUCGGAGCAUAUCUUCGCAGCCUCGUCAGAAAAUGACGAAGUACUGCUUGCUCUGGAUCGCUUUCUCAAAACGAAUGUUUUCAGCUGGAUCGAGAGAGUGGCAAUGACCGGCAACUACCAUAAUCUCUUACGUGUGUGCAAAAAUCUCAGAGCAUAUCUGGACCGUCGAGCAAAAUACCACUCACCACUGAGCUCUGAAGUGCGAAACAUUGAUAAUUGGGCCACAGAUUUGAAUCGACUGGUGACUCAAUUCGGCGAGCCGCUCCUCAAACAACCGUCGUCAAUAUAUUUCCUCAUUCCACCGAUGUGCCCCACAAACACCGCUAUAUCACGCCAAUUUGGAAAGAGGAUUGAUGGCUUGGCUCUAUCUGGCUACAGAGCCUCUAUAUGGGACGAUUGUAUAGCCAAUAUCAGCUUCCGAGAAGAUGUUGCAGCUGCUGUUUCCUGCGGAGAGAGUGUGUUCGCUGUCGGCAUGGAGUCCGGUGCAGUAAAUCUGUACAAUCAGAGAAGCUACCAACAUGAGGGCUGCAUCCGCCAUUCUCAUCCUGUUGACCUGGUCCACUUGACCGAUGAACUCGUUGUCUCUUGUACCACCAAAGCAAUCAUCCUUCAAGAUAUGCAAGGCAACAUAAUAUGGGAAAAAAGGAUACGAUUCCGUUGCCUCUACCUUACGGCAUCGGAAACUCACGUAAUUGGAGUCUCACAGCACGGGCAUCUUAUCAAAUGGGACAAGGGCACAGGAGAGAUCAUUGAAGACCAAACCUUCCAGUAUAAGAAUUAUGACGUGGAGACAAUGCACAAUCAUGGCAAGAACCGGGCGCCACAAGUUGCAACAAUUUCCCCAGACUUUGAAAUGGCGGCUCUGGGCUAUCGCGGCGGUACCGUGUCGAUUUGGGAUACUGUUGACACUGAGCUUAUUGGAUGGGCCAAGGAUGAAGAAGGAAGAGUCGCUGCGAAACUCAUGUUCAACCCAAACCCCAGCAUUCAUCUUCUUCUCGUCGUCUAUUCGAACCAUGGACUCGCAUUAUACGAUACCUUGUCAACUGAACCUGUGCAAGCACACGAAUCACCAAAUAAUGCAGGCUUUCUGUCCGCAUCUUGCUCUCCAGAUGGUCGCACUUUAGCCACAACAGAUACACACGGCAACAUGAACAUCUGGGACUUCGAAACACUCUCGAUACUCUACCACAUUCUGUCGCCUUUCCCAUCUUUCAGGAUAUUGAGUUUCACGUCAGAUGGUUCAAGCGUGCUAGACGUCAUGGACUCGAAUAUGCGUGUUUGGUCACCUUCUGUGCUCGUACGAAAGACUUUCGAAGAAGACGCUAGUAUCAGUGAUGAUGCAGCGCAUUUGCCAGUGACCCAAGGCGAAUAUGAACGUCACAUGGAUGCGAAGAUAAAUGUCCUCGGCGCACACCCCAAGCUUCCUCUCACCGUUGCCGGGAAAAAUAACGGAAGUCUCGUCGCUUUCGCCACGAAAAACGGUGUUACCUCUGCGCUAUACAAACAUUCUGGCACCGUCACCAAUAUUGCGGUAUCGGGCGACGGAACCAUUGCCUCUGCAGAUGUGCACAAUGUAGUAUUCCUACGCAAGUACAGCCCAGACAAGGGUGAAGCAGUUCCCAUAAAGAAGAUCGAUGGAAUCAAACUCGAGUCUCGAGUGAAGCAAUUGUGCUUCAGCUCAUCCGAUGGAAGAUGCGUAGGUACAUGGAACUUUGCGCCCGACGACAGGAAAUCUUGGACAUGGGCCGCUGCCAGAGAUCCAGUCUCUGCACAGGAACAGUUUUGGCUCAUUUCCGACCGAAAGCUGGAGCGGUACGCCGCUGAACAAUUCCCGUCGGCAAUCGAUUCAUCAGCAGCUCAACUCUGCUAUGACUGUGCCAAUGGCUGGCACGAGACAGAACUUGUGAAAGCAGUCUAUUCGUCAAAACUUCAAACACUAGUGAUUGAAACUAUAACGAGUCGCAACGCCAAUACAUCGUCGGCUUUUUUCGUUUUUGAUACCACCAGUGUCAAAUGGGCUGAAGUGACAACUGAGGAACUACAGCUCCAUAAUGUGCUGCCACGCGACUCCAAGCACAACCGAGCAUUCCUGGGAUGGAACUCUGAGGAAAAAGAAUUGAUUUUCAUCAACGCAGACUCUUGGAUUUGCAGUCUGUCUCUGGGAGAGCUGAAGGAAAAGGUCUACCAUCGACAUUUCUACGUUCCACGGCAGCUUUGCAGCGAUUUGGCGCCGACAAAGACGGCAAAUGACGACAUAAUACUGUGCAAUGCCGGCGAAAUUACGUGCACAGGUAACGGCAUGAAGUUUAAACAUGCUGAUGAAUGGUAA